AUGGAUGGUGCGGUUGUAACACUGAGCAAGGAGAUGAAUCAACCUUUGAAAAAAUGGACCCGUAAAAUUGGCAAUGCGACUUUAUAUAAAGAGGAUGAAAAGAAAAUUGUUAGUUCUGAUACUAGCAGCGGACAAGCUUCUUCUGGUGGUGGUUGGGAAGCAGAUAAUGAAGACGCAAGUGGAAAGCGAAGGAAAAAAGUUAGAGCGCUGUACACUGGUUAUAAAAUCAAUAACAUUCAAACAGGUGAAAGUGAUAUUCCCAAUAUAGCAGAUGAAUCUGAGCCAGAUUUUAUGGCCGUUUUGGACCAACUAAGUGAUACUUCUUUCUCUUCACGAAAUGUGUUUUUAACCGCUUUCAAAUCGGAUACAAUUUCGAGAAGUACCGAAAUUGCAGAAAAAAGACUUUUGGUUCUAGACGAUAUAUUGAGAGAUUUAGAAUUAUAUUUUUUAAGAUCUUUAGCAUCAUUAAAAUUUGAUGGGGUACGCAAAUUAAGGCUUACAAUAGGAAAUUAUAAUCAUAUUGAAAAAACAAUAUUAAAAUUUAGGAAAUAUAUGCGUCUGCAGGAGUCAUGCAUCAAAAACAUGAAUGAUCAAUCUUCGCAAAAAGUAGAUUCCGAACACAACACACUCGCAGAUAGUUUAAAGUUGUUGCAAUCAUCAAUAAAAAAUGUAUCCAACUAUUACCUUACGUUUAGAACCUAUCAAAGAGCUUUAUUCAAUGGAAGAAUCAUUUUACAUUUAUUUGACUUGGAUGAAUUGCAAAGUAAUGAUAGAAUGAAAUUAUUUGAAAACCAAAUGCAUCAUAUGAGUAAAGCGUUUGAUAGAAUAUUAAAUUCGUAUCGAUCGUGUACCUUCCGUUGCACGAGUAUCUGCGACCAGGUAUUUAACGAUUGCGAUCUAUUUUCAAAUCAAAUUCAUAACAACAUGAAACAAUGUAAUGAGAAAAUGAGCAACUGGCAGGAUUGUUUGAAAGAGAUCGAAAACCGUAAUGAAAAAUUAAAGUUUGACAAUUUUUCUUUACAAUCCCGCAUACAUGAUCUAGAAGAAAUACUGGAGACCAAAGAGAAGCACUUCCAUGAUCAAGAGCAAACUUGGUUACGAAGAAUUAAUGAAAUGUCAUCUGCCAUAAUGUCAGCUCUGCAAGAAAACGAAGAACUAAGAAAAUCGGCAGAUGUUUCUAAAAAGAAUAUUGAAGAACUUAAUGCAAAUAUAAAUAUAAAAGAGAAUAAUGUAGAUUUAAAAGAUCAUUGUAAAUCUCUUAAGAAGAAAUUGAAAGAUUUGAACAAAGAGAAUGCUGACAUAACAGCAACGAUCAAAGAAUAUAAAGAAAUGGUUGACACAAUUAAAUCGGAAAAGUAUAGUUUAAUGAGCGAUAAAGAUAUUUUGGAAAAGAAAAUAGAACUGUUAGAAUCUCAAAUAAAACAAUUUGAAUCCUCAGGCACUAAUCGCCUAAAUAUAAAUGGAAUAUAUUUUAGAUCAAAUAUAUUUGCUAAAAUAACAAAUAGAAUUAGCAAAAAACAGUCGGCUUGUGGUAUAAGAAAAAAGAUGAAUAUCUGCAGUACGGACAAACUCAGCUUUCAUAAAGCCAAAAUAACUAUGAGUAACGCUAAAACUUCUAAAAUUUCAAAAUAUUGCUCAAAUGAGUCGCAGGAAAGAAUUUCAACUAAAUCAUGUGUAAGUGUAAGUAAUAAACAUGAGCCAUUUUCAAAAGUAUUCAGGGAGGAAACAGAUUCCAAGCUUAUAUUCCAACAUUAUGCGAACAAACAUUUUGAGAAUUGUAAAAGCGAAUUUAUGUUACAAAAUACGAUACGUGAUGACAAAAAUUAUCAAACCAGUUUUAAUAAUGAAAUAUUAAUAAAGCAAUCGGUAGCUUGUUAUACUGAUGGCACAUUAAAGCAAGUUGAAUCAGAUCAGAAUACCAAGAAAAAACUUCGACUAGGCAGAUCAAAUUCUGACUUGUCUCAUACAUUUGCUAAUGCCUUUGUUAUGUUUGAAAAUAAUAGCGAUAGAAAUAUGCCAGCAGACAAACCGAAAUUAGCAGUAUUAUCAAACUCUAAAGAUAACAUAUCUUUUACUUGUAAACAUGUUAAUUGCAAAAGUUUGUUCUACAAACUGCAAGAAGCUGAAAAGAAAUUAGAAGAGAAAAAUAGAUCUUGUAAUAAACUUAAAUCUCUUAUUACAAGUUUGAAAAGAAAAUAUCAAUCAGAAAAUCAGCGAUAUGUUUCAUUGCAACAACGAUAUGAAAAGAUAUUGCAGGAAAAAGCGCUUUUGAGUUACCAAUGCAAAAGCCAGUGUGAAGAAUACGAUUCUGAAUGCGCAAUUAAGUAUAUCGAUUUUGAUGGAUUUAUAGAAAUGAAGAAUUUUAAAGAUGAUAUAAUUGAAGAACUGAAAAAUGAAAUUAAAACUUUAGAUGACGAAUUUCAACAUCUGCUUUCAAAUUACGAGCAAGUCAAUGGUACUAUUUCUAAUUACAAUAUUCAAAUUAGAGCAUCAACCGACAGUAUUGCUAAAACUCAAACGGACAAUAUUAGAUUACAAAAUGAAUUGUUUCAAGCAGAACGAGAACUAAGUCGCAUUAGUGGCUUACUCAAAGUAAAGAUAAGAGAGAACGAUGAACUACAAAAACACUAUGAGGAAAUAGUGUGGCUUGCCAAAGAUCAUGAAAUUAAUUGCAUUGAAAGUGAUAGCCAAAUUUUUGCAUCUGAUUACUACAACGUAGAUCUUAGAAGUUUAAUCUUAAAUAAUAGCAUAUUAUGCAAAAAAUUACUGAUGAUGUUAGAUGAAUCGAAAAAUAUCGACGACAUUAAUUCAUAUCAAAAUUGCCUAGAUAAAAGAUCUGCACAGCAUUUAUCGGAACAAACUGAUGAAACGAUAUCGGAACAAUUAUUGGAAGUAGAUGAAGUACAAGGACAAGAUCAAAUAAAUAACAUUGUCGAUUGUGUUCACACAAAUAGAGACUAUUUUGUGCCCGCUAUGCAAAUAAAUGAAUUAAAUGGAGUUUUGGUCAAAUUUAAUGCCGGAAUAUCUGAACUCAAGAGUUACAUGGGAUCAAGAAUGCAUAAACAUUCUGAAGGAUACAAGAAAAUGUUAUUAUAUUUCAUAAUGUUCUGUAUGAACCAUUUCACAUUGAAAUCCAAAAAUGCAGAACUUGUUGACAAAGUGAAAAAAAUGGAGUCUCUAUAUAAAGCUCCAAAAAUUAAUAUUUCAAAAGACAUUGAAGCUUGCAAAAAUGAUCUAAAAGAACAAAUUACGACUCUUACUUUAGAAAUAAGAAAAAUUGGCCAUCGCUCGAAUGGUAUUUACCACAAUGCAAACGUAAACAGCACAAACUCCAAGCUACAACGCGAAAUAAACCAGUUAACGGAAACUAAUAAUAAACUUCGUGACGAAAACGAAAAAUUACAGAAUGAUAUGAAGAAAUGGAUUACCGAGAUUGCUGAAGUGAAAAGUCUAGUGGACCAGAAGGAGGAUGAUAUUUCAAAAGCAAAAUGUGAACUCAAGGUAUUACGAGACGAAUUAGUGGAUUGCCAAAAAUUGUUGCAACAAACUCAUGAUCGCGAUUUAGAGGAACAAAAUAGAAAAUUAGAAGAUGCGAAAAGCAGUGAAACUGAGCUUGAAGACAAGUUAUUAGCUGCUACUGAUAAUUAUAACCGUUUAAUCGAUGAUUAUAAAGCGCUGAAGACACAAAUUGAUGAAAAAUCUUUAUUGGAAAUAACACUACUACAGGAAAUAAGCCAGUUGAGACAUAAUAAUGAAGAAUUGCGUAAACCGCGUUUUAAUGGAGGCUCAUGUAAAAAUUGUGAAAAUGAACGCAGUGCAUUUGAAGAUAAAUUGCGCAAAUUGUCAUGUGAGGCUGAAGGAGCCUCAAAUCUGGUAGUCGAGAUAAGGCGAUCUUCUAAAGAAGAAUUGGUACAAACGAAAAAUCAACAUGCAGAAGAAAUGCGGCGUCUACAGCUAGAAAAUGAUGCUUUAUGUGAAUGUAACAAAGCCCUUCGCUCUCAAUUGGGAAGACUCGAAGCGGAUAACAUGUUGUUAGCUAAGAGUAUAGAAACCAGAAAUCGCAAAAGUAGGCCUCGUGAUCUCAAAAAUGACAGCGGGCAAAAUAGUAAUGAUGGAAUUCGCAAAAGUAAAAUUUGUAGAAAAAACAACUAA